AUGAAGAGAAAAGAAGCUCCAAACGGAAAUCACUCCGAGAGCAAGAAGGUCAAGCAAGCCUCAUCCUAUUUCGAUGAUGAUAUUUCAUUCUCCCCUCCACCAGUCUCGUCAAACGAUCAUCAAUUAAAUUUAUCAUCAACGUUCGACGAUAUGACAUCAGGCUCAUUGUCCCAGCCAAUGGAUGAUGCCAUGUUGGACGAUCAUCAUGAAGAGAGUACCGCUAGUCAAACCAUUAACAAAGCUCAACCUCACCUCGGAGGCUCAUUCGGAACUGAAUUGAGUUCUCAAGAAUUCGAUAAUGCCCCGUCAUCACCAAAUCCAAAAUCUGUGUCUUCACCUUCGAAGACUCCAUCUUCUACUGAUAAAAAGGCUCAACCUCCCUCUGCACAAAAGAAGAAGGUUACAGCGGCUAUAGACAAACAACAAUUAUCAGAAAAGGUUGAAAAGGAGCGUCAACUUUUACUUUCUCAAUUGCAGGGUAAUUCGAAAGACAAUAAGCAACUCUAUGAAGCCUUCAACAAUCUCCAAACUGUUGUAAAUGAACACAAAAUGAAAUUCGAAGCACCUGAACUUGUUGUAGUCGGAAUGCAAUCCGAUGGAAAGAGUUCUUUUGUUGAAGCAUUGCUAGGAUUCCAAUUUAAUACAGUUGAUACACAAAUUGGAACAAGAAGACCACUAAUUCUACAAAUGACUAACGAUCCAAGUGCAGAAAAACCUAUCUGCAACUUUUUCAAAGAAGCUACACCAUCAGAGAUUGAAGAAGAACCCACUCCUGUCCCAGAUCUCGAAAAAGAAAUUAGAAAAAGAACAGAAGAUCUUUGUGGUAAAUCUAAUGUCAACUCUAGACCAAUUGUACUUCGUGUCAGAUACAAAUAUUGUGCAAAUUUAACAAUUUUUGACACUCCAGGUUUUAGAAAAGGUGAACAAGAUCCUCUUGCAGAAAGAAUUCAUAAGAUUGUUAUGAAUACCAUCAAACCUCAAAACAGAAUUAUUAUUGCAUUAGAACAAUCCACUGUUGAAUGGUGCAAUACUCAAGUUAGACCUCUAAUUAAGCAAGUAGAUCCAAACUAUGAAAGAACCAUAUUUGUUGUAACAAAAUUCAAUAAUAGGAAUAAUCAAUUUAGAGAUGCAAAAGAAGCAAAUGAUUACUUAGCUACGGAUGGACACAUUCCAGAUCUCUCUAAGGUUUUCUAUAUCUCAUUACCAUCUGGACAUGGUACUCGUAAUCUAGCAGAGGAAGAAUUCAAGAAUGAAAUUAUCAAUACUUAUCUUAAGGAUUACAAGAAACUUGCAAAGGUUGGAUUUGAUGAACAAAAGUAUAAGCCACAAAUUGGAUUCUUUAAUUUGAAGAGACAUCUUGAAAGAAUGUUAAAUGAAAAAUAUGUAGAGAAUAUCUCUCCAGUGCUAAACAAUAUUGAGAACUCUUUGUCAAAGAGAAAACGAUCAUUAGACGCUGCAACGAAUGAAUUAGCAGAAAUUGAGAAGGAGAACAUUGAAGCCCAAGUAACACACAUGAUUGGCGCUUUUAUGACAAACUUUGUGAAAGCCUUGAAUGGUACAAAUCAAUUUGAUACUCUAAAGAAUGGACUAACCCUUGAAGAAGAAAGAAUUCAAUCUGGACAAGAAUGGCCUGGAUUUUCACAACAGCUUCAAGAGAAACUUCCAAUUAGAAAUAGAAACUUUAAACUUUAUGGAGGUGCUCAACUAGAAAGAUUAUUAUCUGAAUUUGAAGUGGUUUCUCUUGCUCAAGAAUUUCCUCAAACAUCAAAUGACGAAGUUGCUGUUUCUAUUGGUGUCAAUCCAAUGCAUACAUCCCCAGAUUAUAUUAGAGGAGUAACUGAUUUAGCUCAAAAGAAAUGUAGAGCUGUGUUCAAACCACUAAUUGAUUGCCUAUUGAUUAGAAGCAAGUUCGUCAUGAAACAGUUAUUCAAAUUAAUUAUUCGUCAUAUGCUUCAGAAUAAUUCAUUAUCUCAAAGAUACAAGGCAUUUUCGAAUGAACUUUACAAAGCUUGCGAAGAAUUUAUUGAAUCAAUCAUCAAAGAUGUUAGAAAUAAGACUUCAGAUGAAUUCGAAACAUUUGUAAAGAUCAUGGAUUGGGAUUUAAUUUCGGCACAACCACCAAAGAAAGGACCUGAAUAUGACUUAUUGCAUCCAAAAGAAGAAGAUACUGUUGAACGUGUCAAAGUUGCACUUGAGGAAUCCAAUGAUUCUCUUUAUGUCAUAUUCGACCAAUUGAAGGGAAGAGAACUUACUGAAGAAAAAUGUGAGAAAAUUAAGAGAGCUGCUGCACAAUUAUUUGCAGGUGUAAGAGCAAUGUUUGUCAAGUAUAUUCGAGCCAAGUUCAACGCAUUCUUUUUGGAUCCAAUAUUCACGAAUAUGGACAACAAUAUCAGAGUACAUUUUUCGAAUAUGGGUGCAGAUAAACUUAGAGAUUUGAUGGGACACAGAGCUUCAUACUUGAGACAACACAUUCCACCUCUUCAAGAUCAAGUCAAUAAGUUAACACAACACAAACAGAUGUUUGAAGCCCUAGCUGAGCAAUUCCAAGCUCAUUCUGUAUCGUCUCCUCCAUUUCCUAAUGAAAAUUCCAACGGCAAUAAGGGAAGCAAGAGUGCUUCUUCUUCAUCUUCGAAUACCUCCAAGUCUUCAUCGCGUGACUCUCCUCGUGAAGUGUUUGCAACACCAAAGAAAACAAGCCAGACCCAUGAAAAGAGCAACGGCGGAAGCAAUGCCACCCCUCAUUCAAGCAAAUCUUCCUCCAAAUAA